GUUCAGUUUAGUAAAUUCCUAAGGAUAUGAUGAUUCUGGCAUUAACUAAAUGCUUCCUUUGUUUCCGAUUAACAACCAAAAUGACAGGUCCUUUUUUGUUUGUUCAGUCUCUGAAAAUCCUCAGUGCUGCCUUCUACAAGACAUUGUUUGUCUAUACAUGUCCAAAUUUUUGGGAGACCUCAACCAUGGAAACUUGUGUUUGGUUUCUGUUUCAAGAGUUGGUAAUCUUCUGAGUGGAUUCAACAAAGACAAACAAACAAACAAACAAACAAACAAACAAAUACAAACAAAUACACAAACAAACAAACAAGCAAAAAACUAAACAAACAACCUAAAACAAAACAAAACUUCCCACCCAUCAAUUUUACACACGUUUGACUUAUUUAUGGAAUGAGAGCCACCACCAAUUCACUAUUUGAUUGUGUUGGUAUUAUCAUUCUUGCAGGUUGAAAAGCAGCUUCCUGAAAAACCCUCCGUUUUAAGCCCAGCAGAUAUUUACUCCCAGUUCACUCCCAAACAGGAGUUAAAAUCCAUUCUCAGAAGACCUUCUGUUGAAGAAAAGGAAAGCAAGAGCUCUUUAGAGAAUAAACCGGCCACUACACAGCAACUUCCAACCAACAGUCCCAACGAAAACAACGAAAAAGAGGAGUUUAACUCAGAAAAGGCAUUUACAGGGAACAUUGUUGAAAAACCAACUUCACAGAAGACUGAACAAGCUACUUCUCAGACAGCUGAAAUCUUUUGUUUUCCGCAGACAAGUGCAUCCCAACCCGGAAAGAAACUUUCAAGAUUCAAGGCCGCGAGACAGAAGCAACAAUAAAACAUUGUAUACUUGCAUUGCGUUCAUCCAGAAUUCAUUUGUUAUUCCUGAAUAUACGCUCAACUUCCCUGCACCAACCAGUUCAAAUUGACGAAGGGCAGACUCUUUACAACCCUUAUGUUGCCCCUCUCAUCUGAGCGUGCUAGUGAAAGGGGAAGAAAUGUUUUUUUCCUCAGCUAGCUUGAAUCGUGAGAAGACCGAAGUGGAAAGUGGGAAAGAUACCGUAAAAUUCCGAAAGCGAACGACCCUCGGAAAAUAGCGAUCCCCCGAAAUUGUGCCGCCGGAAGUAACAACGCCCCCGAAAGAAUCGAGCCCCAGGGGCUCUCCCGAAAGUAAGCAGGGUCGUCACGGUCACACUCCUUUUGCAAACUUAAAUAAGAUCGCGUGACGUUGCUAAAAUGUAAAUUUACUCUUGGGUAAGAACCCAGUAACUCCAACAUGUAAACGAUUGAAGAGGGUCAGGUACAAGUAGCUGCCUCUAGGUCCACAGCGCGCAACUACAUGGAGAGAUUACUGGAAAGCGUUUACAAAGAAACCAAGACCAAGAUGGAAAAUAAUCUUGCAUUGGCGAUCGACAUCUCAUUAAAGUAUGGAGAAGAUCUGUUAAAGCGAAAAGAGCGCGAUAAGGCGAUCGCCCUGUUUAAAGAGUGUCUUCACAUAUCUCAAAAUCUUGGACGGCCACAGCUGAUCCGCUCAUGUUUCGGUUUUUUAGGCGGAGCACACCUGACGUCACGUGAUUACCUAAAUGCAAUUGCCUGCUACGAGCGCGCAUUGAAGGUGACAGUAGAAAAUAACCUGGAGGAGUCGGGCGCACUUGUGCUGCUAAAGGCUUUGGCAGAUCUUUAUCGCGUGAUUGGAGAUUACGCUAAGGCUGAUACCUACAUGGCGAAUCACUCGGUGCUGGCCAAAAAGCUGGGGAGAGAGUUGACUGAAGCUGAGAGCAAACCGCGGUUAAACUAUAUAGGAAAUUCUGCGGAGGAUUGCAGGAAUUCCAUCGCUAAAGCUGAGCAAAUGCUAGAAACUGCCGAAAGAACACAGAAUAAGAAGCUAGAAGCCGAUGCUUACAACCUGAUGGGUUUCUAUUAUCGCUUGCUCCGAGACUUCCCCAAGUCCAUUACCUAUUCCCAGAAGUAUUUGGAGAUGUGUGACAAGGUGGGAGACUUGGACGGGAAAACAUGCGCUUAUGGCAACUUGGGCUCCUCCUACAGAAACCUCGGCGAAAUCAAGAAAGCCAUGGAGUACUUUGAGAGGGAACGUGAGAUCACUGAAAUAACUGGAGACAAACCUAAAGAAGGCCACGCCUUCAACAAUCUUGGAGCGUGUUACAUGGAUGUGGGAGAUCAUAAAAAAGCUGUGCUUUACUUCAAGCACGCGCUGAAUAUCGCUCUGGCGGCUGGCAUGAAGAAAGAGGCUGGAGGCUCUUAUUCAAACUUAAGCUGCGCAUACUUUAAGCUAGCAGAUCUGACGAAAGCUGUUAGUUACUCACAGAAGCACUUGAAGCUUGCCAAAGAAAUGGGAGACCGCCGUGCCCAGGCCACCGCAUACUCUGCACUCGGAAAUGCGUACCAUGCCCUGGGUGAUCUUGAUGCCGCGAGAUCCGCCUUCCAGCAGUGCUUUGACUUGGCCAAUGAAAUUGGAGACAGAACACUGUUGGCAGUUGUAGAGAUCAAUCUUGGACUUGUAUGCAAUUCUCAGAAAGACUACAAGGCUUCAUUGAUCUACCAUCAAUCAUCUCUUCGCCGUGCCAAAGAAACUGGGAAUAAGCUCACCGUUUGUAAGGCGCUCUCAAACAAGGGGCAAUGCCUAGUAAAGCUGCGCGAUUUCAACGGCGCAAUUGCCAGUUUCGAACACUGUAUCAAAGAGUGGGAAGACAUUAGGUCAAAUCUGGGCAACGAAGACAGUCUCAAAAUUUCAAUCGCAGAUCUUCACACGGCUGAUUACAAGCAUCUGGCCAUGACCCAGCUUCUUGCUGGAGGCCAAGUGGAAGCCGCUAUGUUGACGGCGGACCGUGGUCGCGCCAUGGCUCUUAAAGAUCUUCUGUAUCACAAGUUUUACGUCAAAGGGGAGUACGCAAAAAUCAAGCAACAGAGCACCGAGGCUAGGGGAGUCUCUAACUUCGUCAAUAAGUUGCGCGAGGACGCCACGUUAACUACACUGUUCUACUGCGUGAUUUACAGGAAAGUCUUCACGUGGGUUCUCAAUGGUUCGCACUUAAACGUCGUCGAAUGGCCUGAUAACGAAGAGGAUUACUGGGCGCUAAUGACGCUUGUGGAGACCGCACUGGCUGAAAUCAGGCAAGAAAACUUUGCACAAGAAGCAGCAGAAGAUAGAUCGUUGCUGGCCUCUGAGAUGGACAGUUUUGAAGACGUCUUUGAUAUCCAUGGAUCAAAAUCCUCCAUCCGGUCAGAGCACGUGACCAGUGCGGAAAAUGCUAGUGUCCAGUCUAUUCGAGAGGCUCUUCGGCGCGCUUCUUUGAAACCAGUUAACAAAGAGAAUCCGGCGUGCUCUUUGCGUAAGCUGUACGAUAUAUUGAUCAAGCCAGUGGAGCAUCAGAUUAAAGGAAACAAGCUGCUGAUAAUUCCUGAAACGUUCAUCUAUUCGCUGCCUUUCUCCGCUUUGGUGGACAACAACGGCGUGUUUCUCUCUCAAAAGUACAGCAUUCAGAUCUGUACCUCGCUAGAAACCUUGGCCAUCAUCUCUCAGCGUCCCAAGAAGGAGCCUGUGGGUGGUGCUCUCGUGAUUGGCAACCCCCUAAUUGGGCGUGUCUACAGAGGUGGUGAAGAAAUAAGCCCCUUUGAUCUCCCAGGAGCACAGAAGGAGGCAGAAAAGGUGGCUUCUUAUCUCCACACCACAGCCCUAACACAACGGCAGGCCACAAAGUCGCGUGUUGUUAACCAUCUCGUCAAAGCCAGCGUCAUCCAUAUCGCUGCCCAUGGGGACCCGGGUCGAGGAGAGAUCUUCCUUGCACCCAACCCUGACCUCACUCGGAUAAAUCGCCUUCCAACCGAGGAAGACUAUUUGCUGACAUGUGCAGACAUCGCCGGACUGCGCCUGCGAGCUAGUCUAGUUGUGCUCAGCUGUUGUCAAAGCGCGCAAGGAGAUAUCCGCGCCGAAGGAGUCGUUGGUAUUGCUCGCUCGUUUCUGGGGGCUGGAGCGAGAGCAGUGGUUGUGACGUUAUGGGCUAUUGAUGACGACUCUACUCUGUCUUUCAUGGAGUUCUUUUACAAUUAUUUGUACCAGAACUUGUCAGUGUGUGAGGCGUUACAACAAAGUAUGAUCCUUAUGCGGGGUAACAAAGAGUUGAAGAGUAUCUCUAAGUGGGCGCCAUUUUACGUCAUUGGGGAAGAUAUCAAGUUCACAGAUGAAGAUAUAAAGCGAAUUAGAGAGAAGGCGUUUAACUUUUGAAGCGACAAUAAUAAGAACAGAUCGUCGUUGCAUUGUCUUACUUUGAAUGUUUGUGAACAUUUUAGAAGUCGAAUCACAAUUAAUUUGACAUCAGAAAUUCUCCUAGCUCGAAUAAACCUAAGCACGAUGCGCGCACCACUUCCGGCCGCUGUUGUUUUCGAGGCUAACGGAAGUGGGGCGAAAAACGACGGCUGUUCAAUUAGGCUCUGAAAUCCAACCUACUUCAUUAUCUGCUACUUUAAAUUAAACAAAAGGGACAAAAAGAUUCAAACAACCAUACACAGUGUAAUUUGUUUAAUUCACUUUAUAAUAUUUUACACAAGCCUGUCCCUCAUCAGGUAAAUGCAAUAUAGAUGCACGGUCCAACAUUUCAUUCACGUAAAGUUCCGUA